AUGUCUGUAGUCAACCCAACGACACGAUCGGGGGCCCCCAUUGCCGUUCCCUCCGCCUGCACAGAAGACGUGUUUGGUCCCCCAGAUACAACGGCAAUCUCUAGACCAACGUACGCGCAACGGCUACGAAGGUGGACCACGUCGUUCUCGAUCGCCCUCACCGUAUCGUCGCCGCCGCCGGUCCUCGUCGCCCCUUGUUCCCGCCGGCCCAAACUGACCCACGCAGCCUGCGGUAGCGUCGAGGUGCAGGCUGCACACGCGUCCUCGCCGAUAAACCCUCCCGACCCACCUGACGUCAGCUGCCUUCGUCUCUUACGCCCUAACUACGUCGCCAUCAACAUUGACAAUCACCCUGUUCUUGCACUCGUCGACACUGGAGCCACCAAGUCAUGUAUGUCCAGCGCCUUCUGUCGUCGCAUCCACAAAGUGUGUACACCGCCGCCCUUAGGACAGUUCGUUCGCAUGGGUGACGUGUCUCUCGUCGGACCUCUUGCACGUUGCACUGCACGAGUGUCUGUCUCCCAGUCGACGCACGUCGUCUCAUUCUUGGUUCUUCCGCAAUGCGUUUCUGACGUGAUACUUGGUACUGACUUCUUAUACGACACUCGAGCUCUAGUCGAUUGCGGCACCGGCACCAUCACCUGGGACGAGCUACCCAGCGAACCCCUCUUCCCCGACGACAGGAAAAAGGUUGUUCGAUUAUGUGCACGGGAGGAGACCCUGCUGCCUCCAAACGCUUUGUCCCCAAUUCCGCUUCGUGCCAGUACACCAUGCCCCGGCAUGACUGUUUUAGCUUCCGCUGCACAUUCAAUGACGACCCGCGGUCUUCUUCUGCCCACAUCCCUCCUCGACGUAACAUCCGGCGAAACGCUUGUUUGGAUUCUGAAUACCUCUUCGGACAAGCAACUCCUCCCAGAAGCCAUGUGCGUCGCUAUCGCAACCCCCAUCACAUCUGAUUGCGUGAAUGACGCUCCUCUAGGGGCUCAGAACAGCCCUCUACACACUGUGAGCACUUCCGGCUCUCGCGCCUCACCCGAGUGGAUUCACAUGACCAUCGCCGACGAUCUCUUGGGUUGUGAAAAGCAGCAACUGUUAUCUGUCCUACAAGAAUUCCAAGACAUUUUUGAUGCCGGCGCUCCCACCUCCCGUCUUCCCGUCACACACACCGUCGAACAUACUAUAAACACGGGAGACUCCGCCCCGAUUCACAGCCGUCCAUACAGAGUCUCGUCUGCAACCAUCGUCGAGCCCUUGGUCCUCGCCAGUUGUCCUAGUGAAGAAAAAGACGGCACCUGGCGCUUCUGUAUCGAUUUCCGCAAACUGAACAAAAUUACGAAGAAAGACGUGUACCCCUUACCACGUAUCGAUGACCUUCUGGUCUGUUUGAACGGGUCCGAGUACUUCUCUUUAGACCUGCGGAGUGGCUACUGGCAGAUCCCCGUUGCGCGACCUGACCGUGAAAAGACAGCAUUUAUCACCCCGGACGGUCUAUUUGAGUUCACGGUAAUGCCGUUCGGAUUGUCGAAUGCGCCUGCAACUUUCGAAAGAAUGAUGGAUACCAUCCUCCAGGGCCUCAAGUGGCACACGUGUCUUUGCUACCUGGACGAUGUUGUUAUCUUCUCUUCCACGUUUCGGGAUCAUCUCGACCGGUUGCUUGAGGUCCUCUCCCGAUUCCGCUGUGCUGGCCUCCAGCUCAACUCUAAGAAGUGCCUCUUUGGUAGUCGCCGCAUCACCGUUUUGGGACAUGUCGUCGACCGCCACGGUAUACAUCCAGACCCCAAGAAAGUCGAAGCCGUCCAGAGGUUUCCAUGUCCCACGUCACUUAAACAGUUGCGCGCCUUCCUUGGAUAA